GGGUAGGCGGGGGCCGGGGCCGCCUUCCCCUGCAAAACAAAAGGGAGCAGAGCGGCGACGGCAGCCGGGAGGGACGGUGGGGGUUCUUCUUCUGUUUUGCUCGUCGCGUGUUGCCGGUGGACUGUGACCCCCCCAGGUGACCUGUGACACCCCCACCCCCCUGUGCCACCGCCAUGUCCCGCCGCAGCCAGCGCCUUGUCACCACGCGCUAUUACCCCGGGGAUGACGAUGCCAUGACCAGCAGCAGCUCCCUGCUGGGGGGCCAGCAGCUCCCCUUCAAGGAGAGCAGUGGCAGGACAAUCAGGAGGAAAUCAAGCAGCACGAAGCGCCUCUCUCCCUCCCCCAGCACCCAAACCUCCUACUACAGCGAGUCCAUGAUGAGCGAGUCAUACCUGGGGGGCAGCCGGGGCCUCGCCGCCCUGGGCAGCUCCAUGCUGGACGAUGCCCUGGACAGCAGCACGUACUGGGGUGGGGAGCUCUCCACCAGGAGGAGAAGAGGCACAGGGGACACCGAGUCCAGUAAGAUCAACGGGCUGCUGGAGAGCAAGACGUACGACACCUACGCCUCUUCGUCUGGGUACUCCUCGGAAGAUGACUACACUGGUCGCUUAUACUCAGGCCAGAGUAGCUCCGGGUCAGGGCUCAGGACCGCAGCCUCCCGCGUGGGCUCCUUCCUCUGGCAGGUGCUCACCUCCCCGGUUUGGUUCGUGCGGUGGCUGUUCUCAGGGCUGGCAGCUGCCUGGCACCGCCUCACCGGCACGGCUCCCCACCUGGGCAGCGUCCCCUUCUCCAGGCGCUACCCAUGGCUGAAGAGGUCCCUGCUCCUGCUGCUGCUCCUCCUGCUCCUCGCUGCUGCUGCCUAUGGAGCUUGGUACUUCUACCCUUACGGGCUGUCGACGCUCAGCCUCCCCGCAUUCCCGUGGUGGGGAGCUGGAAAGGAUUCCUCCUCUGACGUGCCUGAGGCAGGGGACCUGACUGCGCUGGACCAGGGGCUGCGGGGGGAGCACCGGCUCCUGGCUCGCUUCCAGGCCCUGGAGAAGCGCUUUGAGGCACUGGAGGCCGAGAUGUCACAGUGGGAGCUGCGACGGGGAGCGGCAGCGGUGGCAGCAGGGGGAGAGACACCCCCGGGGGACGUUCUGGCACUGCUGGAGGGGCUGGUGAGCCGCCGGGACACAGGGCUGAAGGAGCACCUCCACACCGACAUGACCAGCCACCUCCAGGGCGAGCUGGAUGCCUUCCGAGCUCAGGUGCAGAAGGAUUUAGACGGGCACCUAGGGAAGAUGGCACAAGUCUCUCAGGAGAUGGAGACACGCUUGCUAGAGCUGAACGCGGAGUGGCAGAGCUCGGUGCAGGAGGGCCUGCGAGGGAGCUUCCAGCAGGAGGUGGGCAAGCUGGAGCAGGAGGUGGCAGCGCUGAGGAGGGAGCUCGCCGGCCUCAAGUCAGACCAGGAGGUGAUGGGGAAGCAUGUGGAGGGAAUGCUGGAGCAGCUGAAGGCGGUGCGGGCUGACGUGGAAGCGCAGUUCCCAGCAUGGAUCAGUCGGUUCCUGUCGCAGUCCCAGCGGGACGGUGCCGCUGGCCUCGUCCUCCAGCGGGAAGACUUGCAAGCAGAGCUCCAGGCCCUGGAGCGCAAGAUCCUGGCCAAAGUCUUGGAGGACCGGAGGCUGUCGGCAAGGGAUGCUCCAGGCGGUAUCGGAGUGGCCCUGCAGCAAGGGGGAAGUGCGGGGGUGACGGAGGAGCAAGUGCAUCUCAUCGUGGGCCAGGCCCUGAAGCGCUACAGCGAGGAUCGCGUGGGGAUGGUUGACUACGCCCUGGAGUCAGCGGGGGCCAGCGUCAUCAACACCCGCUGCUCAGAGACCUACGAGACACGGACGGCGCUGCUGAGCUUGUUCGGCAUCCCCCUGUGGUACCACUCGCAGUCCCCCCGUGUCAUCCUGCAGCCAGAUGUCAACCCCGGGAACUGCUGGGCGUUUCGUGGGUCCCAGGGCUUUGCCGUCAUCCGCCUCUCCAGCAUCAUCCACCCCACGGCCGUGACUCUGGAGCACAUCCCGAAAGCCCUCUCGCCCCAGGGGACCAUCCCCAGCGCCCCCAAGGACUUUGCUGUCUAUGGCCUGAAGGAGGAGGGAGAGGAGGAGGGCCUUCUCCUGGGGCAGUUCACCUACAACCAUGACGGUGACCCCAUCCAAACAUUUUACUUGGAGGGUGAUGGCGUGAGCACGUACCAGCUGGUAGAGCUGCGGGUGCUGAGCAAUUGGGGCCACCCCGAAUACACCUGCAUCUACCGCUUCCGCGUGCACGGGGAGCUGGCGCACUGACCCCCGGCUCCCGCGCGGGACGAGAAUGCUGCCGGGCCGACAGCAGGAGGGAAAUCGUCCGGUUUGCCGCUUCGCACGUAGAAAUCCUGGGAUGCACCAGCAGCCGCCCCGGAAGGAGAAGAGCUGGUGUUUAAGGGGUGAGGCUUUCACUAUUCCAAGGACCUGGGUGGUGAGGCAAGAGUGUCCCACGUGGAUCCUAGCGCAGCCUGGCUUGUUUUCAGUGCGUGUCGGACAUUUUAACUUUUUAAGCUAAUUUUUUAUCGGGUCUGCACAGCCCCUUGUCCCCGUUGCCCUGUUUCUCUCUGAUGGUGUGCCUAGCAUUGCUGGGGCUUGGGAAGGGGGUAUGUAAUUUUGCGAUGUGCUUCACGCGGGCUUGGGCGUGAUACAGCGUACGGGACCGCAGUGACCGGCUCAGUGCUGCCGGAAUAGGUGAGAGCCACCGGUCACGGCCACCGAGUCUCUCCCCUCCACACAGGGUCAUUUCUCCUGCCUUGGUGUUGGUUUAGGUAAAGAUCUCUAGACCUCUGAUGCUGGGCUGGCAGAGGGGAAAUAAGACAGUAUUAAUGAAGUAUUAACAUAAAACUAACGGUUUGGGGCAGCAGGAGGGGAGAAAUUCAGCACACGUUGGUGGCAGAGCCUGCCCUGGUGUUGCCGUCCAUCUGCUCGAGCCCUCCUGCCGCUGGUGGCUGUGUUGGGUCUUGGCGAUGCUGUUGGCCUGCCCCGGCUGGCCGGCUCCCCGGUGUUAAGCUUGACAAUGCUAUUGAAAACUGUCGCCUGCUUCCCCUUUUGGGUUUGUUCUGUGGUUUUUGUUUGUUGGUUUUGUUUUGUUUUUUUAAGGGGGGGGCAGGGAGGGGGGUUAUUUUCCAGUUGGGGUGUUGGGGAUUUUUUUUUUUUUUUGUAGUAACAAAGGAAAAAAUAUUUUUUCCAUGCAAUUUCUACUUAACCAGAGAAUGUUACGUGGUGCCGCUCAAGUGAGUGGCUUAGAUGCAGAGAGGACUAGAGCUUUGUUUAGUAGGAGAAUAGCGCGUGCAGUAGGAUAAGCUAGAAUAAGAUAAGCAGAGCUGUUUAAAAUAAGGGUCAUCAGUGGCUUGGUAGCUGGACCUGGGAAACAAGGUUCUCUUUGGACUGCUGCUUGCUGGGGUGCCGGAGGCACUUCUGCCCGCCUUGCUGUGAGACGGCAACACGUGACUGCGGCCUCUGGCUCAUGGCCACAUCUGUAUAUAGGCGAUUGCAGCGAGCAGGAGCCGCUGCCCUGGUGCUCGGCAUGACUCUCUGUGCCUCCGUGGGCUCUUUGGGUGGGAGACAGGGCAGAGGGGAGACCACCUUUCCCAGGGGUUGUGGGUGCCAGCACACCGCUUCACCCCGGGGGGCAGCAGGGCCUCCUGGCACCUGCGGUGCUCAGGGCCGCCUCCGUCACCUCCCAUGGCAAAUAUCUGCCAUGGGCUGAUCUGCUUUCCUUUGGAAGGGUUCCCUUUCCCUCCUGCCUUCUCCUCGCUAGCAUGGCUCAGCAGGCAUGUAAAUCCUGCCUGCACCCAUCACGCGAUGGAGGGGACCUGUGGCGGGGGACCACAGGAAGGAUGCGUGGGGACCUUCCCCGGGCUGAGGAGUGCCAGGGCCAUCUGGCCACUGCACCUCCUGGCUGCCUGCAGCACACUUAGUUUAGCUUAUGUUCUUGGAUGGUGUUUAUAACCUCCAUGUUUGUCUUGCAUUUUGUUGAAAGAAAAGCUAAGGGGCUCCUGUUUAGUGUUUCAGCCCUGUCUGAUGCUGGCGUUGUCUUCCCCCAGCACUGUGAGCGCUGGGGGAGCACCACAAAUUCCCACUCUGGUCUCUGCUUGAAGCUCUGUAGGAUGAGGGGCGUAGAGGAGAGGAAGGGGCUGAAGAAGUGUCUCCUUUCAGCACACCCUGAUGUGUGCUGGGCAGAGCCCAAAGGGAGGGGGAUGAUGGCAGCACAGCCCUUCUGGAGGGGGUCUCCUCCAAGCAAGAGCACAGCCCCUUCUCCAUCGGGUUAAAAUUACCCCAUGGAGCCUCCUUGCAGAGCUGGGAGGCCCUGCUGCCGGGAGAAAGCAGACCCGCAGCCAGAUCCAGUGACGAUAAAUUCUCUCCUAUAUUGAGCGUAGUCUUAAUUCUUGGCAUCCGCAGCCAAAGUUAUUUUAAACUUGUCUACAGCUGCCUGCUUGCUUUGGAGUCAUGUCCGUGAGUGCCCUGCACACAGAGUUGUGCUUUUCUGAAUGCCUAGACCUGUCCUGGGCUUGGUAGAACAGCUCCUGUAUUUAAUUGAAUGAUAAAGAGAGCAGAGAUCAACCCCCUUCCCCAGGGGUUCUUUGGCUGCUGGAGCAAAUGGCAUAACCAUGAGGCUGGAAAACCCCUUUUCAACCCCUGGUCUGUGGGUUAGGCCAUCAGGGUGGAUGAUCUCUUGCUAAAUGAGGUGUGCUGGUGAGAAAGGGGGAGCUCUUUCCCCAAGAAGGGAGUUGGAGGAGGGUCUCUGCUCCUUCUGUGGGGGUGUUAACCACUAGUUCUGGGGCAGGGAGCAUUUGGUUUUACAGGGUGAGCUUGCACUGUCCUUUGGAGAUGAAAGUCUCUGCUGUUGUGGGUAAAACCCCUUGGAGAUGAGAGGUCACCCAGGGGGUUUAUGCUUUUCUCUAGAGGGUAGUGCUAGUUUCAGAGGCCUUACAUGAGGAUCUCCAAGAAGACAUGCUUAGGUUAUGUGUGGUUUUUCAUCUCCCAAAUUCUGCAGCAGUACCAGCUGCCCAGCGCCAGCAGCAGCUCGCAGUAUUGCUGUAGUGCUUUCUCAAGCUGCAAAGGAAGAGAGGGCACAUAAAACUGCUGCUUCAGCACGGUGCAUCGCUGCCCAGAGGUAUUUAAUCCUUGUGCUGAUGCAGAAGAUGAGCCUGGUGAGGCAGGAGAAAUGCAAAACAGCUGUCAGAGCAGAUUUCCCUUAUUUACUCCCUUUCCCUCCUCUAUUCUCUCUUCUCCUCAGUUUGCUCUACACACGUGUUAAGAAUUAGCCCUGCAGAAACAGAUGGUUACAGGCAGGAGACGAGUUUGUAUUUGAUGCUGUAGCCUGUUGCAAAUGCUGCACUGUUUUGUUCAUUUUAUUUUUUAAUCAACAGACUGUAAUUUAUGCCUAUGCAAGAAAAAAAAAAAGACCAAGACAAAUAAAUUAUGUCAAAACUGC